GGCUCCGCGCGAACGUCCGCAGCCUCGGGGAGCUGGGCGGCGGCGCCGCGCCCGGGCACGUCGGACCGCUCGCAGCCAGCGCCAGAGGCGUGCGGGCGCCGAGGGCGUCUUGGCUCAGGGCACUGCGGGGCUGCGGGCUCAGCGCCCCGGGAGACUGGCGAGUGGCCGAUGCGGGCUCCCCAGCUGGCCGCGAUCGCGGGGUUUCCAAGCCAGGAAAUGAGAAUUGGUAGAGGUCAGGGAUGGGAAAGAUCAUGACACCUGGGCAGAAGCUGCAGCUAGCUCCAGGGCCCUGUGGCUCCUGGUGAAAAGUGAUGGUGCCCUCUGAACAUCUGCAGAACAUGGUGCAGUAACAGUAGCCCAGGAGAGCCCAAGCAGAUGCCAGGAGCCAAGAUGCGAGGAUGACACCCUCGGAGGCCCUGGCCUCCCUUCUUCCCGGGUGCUAGGAGCCGUCCCCGGGCUCCAGCCGGGAGCCCUGCUGCCCAGGGGCAUGGCCAAACCUUUCUUCAGACUCCAGAAGUUUCUCCGCAGGACGCAGUUUCUGCUGCUCUUCCUCACGGCUGCCUAUUUGAUGACCGGCACCUUGCUGCUACUGCAGCGGGCCCGAAUGGCCCUCCCUCAGGGCCCCCGGGCACCUGGCACCCUGCAGGCCUUGCCAGUGGCCACUGUGGCACCGGGCAUGGGCCUGCUGGACAGCAGAGCUCUCCAGGACUCCCAGGUCAGCCCAGACCUGCUGCUCGAUGUGGACAUGUUGCAGAGCCCUCUGGCCCGGCUCCCACCUGGACUCCGCUGGCCCCGGAGGAACCGCAGCUCAGUUCGGCGCCGCUGGUUCCACCGCUUUGUGAGUGAUCCACAUGGGUCACCCACCCUGGGUCCUGAGGCCCCCAGGCCAGCCACACACAGCCAAGGCACCUAUGUUGGAUGCUUCAGUGACGAAGGCCAGGAGAGAACUCUGAAGGGGGCAGUGUUCUAUGACUUGAGGAAGAUGACGGUUGCCCAUUGCCAGGAUGCGUGUGCUGAGCGGUCCUACGUGUAUGCUGGCUUGGAGGCUGGGGCAGAGUGCUACUGCGGGAACCGGCUGCCAACUGCACGCAUCGGGCUGAAUGAGUGCAACCUUGAGUGUAAGGGCGAGAAGGGCGCUGUGUGUGGGGCCGUGGGCCGGCUCUCCGUGUACCGCGUGGACAUGCUGCAGACAGGCACCAGCAAGCGGCGGACUGCCACCUACCGCGGGUGUUUCCAGCUGCCAGAGAAUGCCACACACACCUUCCCCACCUCCCUGAUACAGGCCAACAUGACUGUGGAGAUGUGCUCAGGAUUUUGUUCCCAGAAAGAGUUCCCCUUGGCCGUCCUGCGGGGCUGGGAGUGCUACUGUGCCUACUCAACCCCCCAGUUCAACCUGCGGGAUGCUGUGGACAGCGCACUGUGUGGCCCCACCCCUGAGCCACAGAGGACAGCUCGUUACUGCAAGGUCUACCAGACUCCUGUGCAAGACACACGGUGUACAGACAGGAGGUUUCUUCCCAGCAAAUCCAAGGUAUUUGUGGCUUUAUCAAGCUUCCCAGGAGCCGGGAACACGUGGGCACGGCACCUCAUUGAGCAUGCCACAGGAUUCUACACAGGGAGCUACUACUUCGAUGGAACACUGUACAACAAAGGGUUCAAGGGUGAGAAGGACCACUGGCGGAGCCGGCGCACCAUCUGCGUGAAGACCCAUGAGAGCGGCAAGAGGGAGAUUGAGAUGUUCGACUCAGCCAUUCUGCUGAUCCGGAACCCCUACAGGUCCCUGGUGGCUGAAUUCAACAGAAAAUGUGCCGGGCACCUGGGUUAUGCUCCCGACCACAACUGGAAGAGCAAAGAGUGGCCAGACUUCGUGAACAGUUAUGCGUCAUGGUGGUCCUCGCAUGUGCUGGACUGGCUGAAGUAUGGGAAGCGGCUGCUGGUGGUGCACUAUGAAGAGCUGCGCCGCAGCCUGGUCCCCACACUGCGGGAGAUGGUGGCCUUCCUCAAUGUGUCUGUGAGUGAGGAUCGGCUGCUCUGUGUGGAGAACAACAAGGAAGGCAGCUUCCGGCGGCAUGGCCAGCGCCCACAUGACCCAGAACCCUUCACUCCCGAGAUGAAAGACCUGAUCAAUGGCUAUAUCCGGACAGUGGACCAGGCCUUGCGUGACCACAACUGGGCCGGACUGCCCAGGGAGUAUGUGCCCAGAUGAUAGGCCCCAGCCCAAGCUGCCCACCCUUGCUUCAAGAUGCAGUCAUGCCAUGAAACUGUACCCCUGUUCUGCUGCUGGGUCGUGGACCUCUGGGACAUGGGACAUAUGGCUGCUUGUACACAGUCAGCAGGGAGGCCCUCGGGUGCUGCAGGGAGACUUGAUCUGGAUGCCAGACCCACCCAGACACAUCACAGGACAGACAAAUGGACACACACUCCUGACAGACACUCACAUGUUCACAGACACUUAGACAUUGUUCCACACUCACGAUGCCCAUUUUGAUGUGCCUAAGCCACCCAUGCAGGGUGAGCCAGAUGUGCCCAGCCUUGCAAAUGCAGCCACAUACAGACACAAACACAUAGGUACCAGGGUGUGUGCCCAGAGGCUGGCUGGCUGUCUCUCAUAGGUGCACGUGCACAUACAUGUAUCCUGGGCUCUGAGAGGCCCUAGGCUUCCUGUGUCCAGCCCCAGCACAGACCUGCUUUCCAGAGCCCUCAACUCUAGAAUGCCAGCCUGGGCAGGCACUCGUGCCCCAAGCAGAAAGGGAUGGAGGUGGGUGUAGACUGUUGAUGUUGGGCUAUUCGGCCCUGACCUUGUCUGACCUCCCAUAAAGGUGUGCUGUGACUACCAGGCACUGCAAAGUCUGCAGCUCAGCCUCUCUCUUCUCUGUGGAUGGGAUGGUGAGGCACGGUGGGCAAAGUGAAGCCCACCCCCUGCCAUGCUCUACAGGUGCACAUACUGACCACUCUGCCUAGCCCAACCUUUCUCUUCAACUCACCCCAAGUCAGUGGUCCUUGGAGUGGGGCCCCUCCUGCCUUUUUCCUCUGAUGCUUUCUAAGGAAGCUGCAUAUUCACACUCUGCCCCAGAAGCAGGGUAUGAGGGUUGGGGCGGGGUGGGGCAGGGGCUAAGUCUCUAGGAAAGUCCAGGACCCAAGGGACCAGUAUUCCAGCAGGAGGGGGCUGGGGUGGACAUAGGAGACCCUUGAGGAUUCAUUUUGGGGCCACUGGGACUGUUGCCCAACACAUAUUAACAAGACCUGUUCUCUGAUUGUCACACUCGGGUCAUAGGAAUGCUCUAUGUGACCCUUGUGCCACAGCUUCUGCCAGACCCCUGGUGGCAGACCCUCUGUGCCACUCUGUGUCCAUCCUGACACAUCCUAUCACCAUUAUAUUGUCACUCAGCCUCUUUGUUACACCAUCUGUCUCUGUUUCUGUGUGGUGACAUUGUUCCCACUUGUUUAUCCUUUUCCUCCUUCCAAGGGGAAGCCCAUAUAGUCAUGGAUGCCUCUGUUGACCAAGCACGGGGAAGAGGCAAAUGCCAGAAGCCCUUGCUCCCCUCUCACUUCACAGUCUAGUGAGGGGCAUGAGACACCCCAUCUCCGAGGAACUUAAGUGCUAUGUGAGCUCAGAGGGGACUCGGUCACUGUGUUGGGGCCUUUGAGGAGUGCCUUCAGAUUGAAGUGGUCUUGAGAAAUCUGUAGGAAUUAUCCUAGCAUAGGGGAGAUGGGGAGGAUAGUCAAGGGAGAGAGAGGAGCAUGUGCAAAGCCUCAGAGGCUGGGGCAAUCCUUGAAAAGGACAGGUGGGCAUAGAAAGGAACUCUAUCCUUGUGGCUACUUAGUGCUCAGCCUGGGCCAUGCCCUGCUAACCCAAGACCAGGAGAGCUGCUGAUGCUAAUGACCAACUGCAUGCUUUACUACAUAUCUUAGACUCAGAGACCCGGAAGGUCAGGUUGGAGAAUGGGAUGUAGUCUGGGAGCAAAGCUUGGUGUGGCCAGGGUAUAGGGAGGAUUGUGAAGAUCUCAUUGCAGACUAACCCACACAAGGGAGAAGAAGUAGGUGAGCCUGAAAUCAGGUGGCCCCUGUGUGGCUCCUACAGGCUUGAGCUAAUCCCGGCAGGACCCUGUGAUCUUGCCCUGGGGUGGCCAUCAGGGAGACCUCCGCUCAGCCUUGCCAUUGGUAUAUCCUGCCUCUGCCCCCUGGCCUGGCCAUGGGAGCCAAGGGCUCCUUGCAGUGAGCACAGACCAGGUGGAGAACCCAGUGAAGCUCCCUCUCACCCAGUGAAGGGUGGGGGGAUUGACCCCGCUCCUGGUAGCUUCCAUGUGAUUCCCAAUGAGAGGCUGUUUUAGAACUUACUUUGGGAUCUUAAAGCUGGGAACACCAGUGUCCUUGUAAAUGUUCACUGGCUUAGGAUGGCUACAUGGUCCUUUCUGUGAAAGCCCCUGACAAAGCUAUUUCCUUUGAGCAUGGAAGCAGUUGAGACCCACAGGAGUUUCCAUGCUGCCUUGGAAGGGAGCCAGGGGUGUCUACAUCCCAGAGCAAACCUAUAGACUCAAAAAGGCAGUAGGCCUGGCAUCAGAUUGCUAGAGAGCAGGGAGGCUGGCCUGUGCAAUAGAGCCAAGGCUUGGGCUCACUCUCCAGGGGCAUCCAGAUGAUCAGAGGCAAAGACUAAAACCCUAGAGGCUGGGAAGGGAAAACAUGUAGAGAGAACUGACCAGCCUGCAGCCAAGGCCUGAUCUCCUACACUUCACUCACCACCCCAGGAGCCUGAGAGAGCCAACAGCCCUGGAGAGUUUCUCCUGGGAGUUGGUUGGUACAUUCACUGCUGCCAGAUGCCCCAAGGCUUCAUCCCCUUUCAGGUGGGGUGCUGUCAGUUCAUAUGGCAUGGAGUUCACAGCCACUGCUGGUUCCCAGCAGCCCUCAUCCUGGGUCUACCUCCUUAUUAGGAUGAGGAAUCUGUCUGUCCUUUUGGGAAAAUCCGUUUGGCUCUCUCCAAAGUUAGGUCUCAUCUACAACUCUUGGCUUCUCAGGAAAGAGGAUACUGUCCUGACCAGCCUCAGGGUACAAGCUGAUCUGUCUGUAGAGCAGAAGAGUGGCAAAUGCAUUGAGACUCAAUUAUAACAGAACAGCAAAACUCUCUACAGAUUCCAACUGUAAUAGCAAGGAUAUGGAGUUACACAAACCUGUGUUAAAACAUGUCAUUUUCAUAGAUUUUAUCUCCUGUUGUGGAUCAAUUUGGAAAAACCAAAAUACAUAAUUUUAAAAAACUAAAACACAUCCUGAUAAUCCUAGUGAUGUGUAAAUGAGAAAGAAGAAUAGACAAGCUCCCAAACCCUGGGAAGAAAGCUGCUUAAUUAUGUGAGCAUCUUAUAAUGAAGCCUCUCGCAGCUAAAAUUAGAUUUUGAGUGCAUGAAUAUGCAAUCAUGUUUGCACAUCAGAAUGCAGUUUUUUUUCUCUUAAAAGUAGCAAGAGCUAUUUGGUUCUUAGGAGGCCCCAAGAAGGGAGGAGGAAGAGAUGAAGUUGAGCCUCAUGUCUGUAAGAAUCCUUGGGCCAAGCUUGUUUUGUUUGACGUCAAAACUUGGUGGAGGUGCUUGAAAUUUGGUGCCUACAAAGCAGUUUAUAAGGGCUACAGAGAAAUUGAUUGGUUCAAAUUGAUCAUUUGCAUAUUGGAUGAAUUGGCCUGAACCAGGUAGGAGCAAAGUAUAGUGAAAGCAUUGGAAGGUUUGUAUAUUUUUGGGCUAGGUUGUGGUCCCAGCUUGCUGUCAUCUUAGACAGUCUUUUCAUGUCUGGUCUCAGUCUCUCAUCCAUAAAAUGAGGGAUGUGAUGGAUGUUGAUUGCAUUUCCAACAUCUACUCCCCUAUUUCCUUUCCCACCAGUCCUUCAUUUCUGCUGAGGGUUCAUAUGAUGGCAGAACUGGCUCUCACCACUUCCAGGAGUGAACAUUUGAUGUAAACUAAGCCAAUAAUGUAUUCCAUCUCUCUGGCCAGAGUGACUGAUCUAGGUAUGAUUGUGUGAGCUAGAUCUAUGUAGGCAGAGGGAAUUUCAAGACUUCUGGGGCUGGGCUGGUGAGAUGGCACAUGCCUGAAAUCCCAGUACUCUGGGAGGCUGAGGCAAGAAGAUCACAAGUUUGAGCCCAGCCUGGAAACUUGAAAGAGACGCUGUCUCAAAACGAAAACUUUUUUAUAAGAACUGGGGAUGGGUCAGUGGAAAGGCCUUGGGUUCAAUCCCCAGGACAAUAAAACAGGUGGAGGGAAAGGGAGAGGGAGAAUGAGAGAGGGAGAGGGAGAAGGAUAUGAAGAGAAAGCAGGUAAUCCUGAAUUUGAUAAUGACCAUCCUGGGACCAUUAUAGCAUCACUCUCAACAUGAAGCUGAAGGGAGAGUUGAGAGGCAACAAGAUCCAGGUCUUCAGUGAUAUUAAAUAUAGGGUAAACUUUGAGAGUCGUCCUGCCUCUGGACCUUUUUCAUACAUGAGCCAAUAAAGUCUCUAUUUAUUACUUAAAUGGGGUUGAGUUGGAUUUCUGUUACUUCCAACCCAGAGCACCAUAAAAAGGGCUUGGAGUGAAAAGUCCUGGAGCUCUGACAUUCUCUGUCUCAACAGUUGAUGCAGAUAAAGAAGGAAACCCCACCACCAUGAGCUAGUAGGACUGUCAGGUUACUUUCAAAGGAAGGGGCUGAGUGUGAAGUACUCAAUAGGAAGCCAUCAACCAAGACAAGUAGCAUUACUCAGUCCUGACAAGGAGAUCACCAAGAUACCCUUGGAAAACAGUUCCUGUUGGAUGCUCAGCCAAUCAAUUGUCUCAUUUAGCCCUUUAUGAACUCUUUGGUGUGGUUAUUAUUUGAUUAUUCUCUCUGCAUGAUGAAUGAGAGGACUGGAAUAACAUCUGUGAUGAUUGUGAAAGUGUGGUUCUUUUGCAUUUACCAUAGUUCCUUUCAUGGAAAAGACCACGUGGUGUAGGAAAGAAUUCUUUGAUAAGCUACUUCCAGGGUAUGUGAACCCCUUCAGUUGGUAGGAGGUAAUAGUGACAGCAGAUAGUUAGGUGCUGUCUAAGGAAGGAGGCAUGAUUAGCUAUAAAGCUUUGAUUUUGCUGAAUGGGACAUGCAGACUUGGGGUGGAGCAGAAUAAAGCCAUUGGAAAAGUAGGACAAUAACAUCUAAGAGUUUUCUUCCUUUGGACUUACCUCUUUAAUCUCACUGUGUACCAGAAAUUGGAGAGGCACGUGGAGUUAUAUGUGCUCCAUAUCUUCAUGCUCUCUUUGGAACAUCUUUCAUAUAGUAUGCCAAGGUGAAGUUCUGUAAAAUAUGUAGAGAAAGAUGAGGAUCCCAGGAGAUCAAUAUGAGUAUACUUGCCCACUGUUACGCCUUUUAGGCUGACAUUAGAUUUCUCAGACACUUCCUGUUUAGAAACAUCACAGAAACCCAGGUGCCUGCCAUGGGAAAUAUGACCAGAUCUACCCUAAAUUGCAAACAUGAUUGCUUCUAUAAAAUGAAGAAUCUUGAUGUCAAACAAAAUGAAAAGAACUCCAGUUGAUGCUGUAAGCAUGAGUUGAAUGAAUGAACUACCCAAGGUGUGUCUUUGGUACUUGAGAUGUUUGGUUUUCAGGUUUGGACAUCAAUGGUGACAGAUCCAUGUCCUGAAAGUGUGGCCCCUGAUAAUCUAUACAGUAAGCAGUAUUCCUGUGGGUCAUGAAGUUCCAUGGAUAUUCGUCAUCUCAUGGGUGUCUCAGUGAGAUGAGCAUUUUUAUUUUUAUUUUUAUGCUGGGAGAAGAGAAAAUGUAGUAUCUAAGACUAAGUUGGCCAUAGUUUAGCCACUUUAUUGUACAGAUGGGGAAAAUGAGAUUCAGAAUGAGGAAGGGUGUCGUAGGUCAUGCUGUGAGAAUGGAUGGUAGAGCUAGGAUCCAAAUGUGGAAUCUUUCCACUAGACCACCUGAUUGCCUCCACAUUGCAUCCCUAUAACUCCAAGAACUUGCUGAAAAUGAGACAAUUGUACAUAUUCAUCUCAUUUGGAAAUGACUCCACUAAUUUCACUGUGAACUAUUGGCUGAAAUACUUGCUGGUGACCACUGAGUUCACUUUUAAAGGCCACCCAUCAAGCAACCCCUAUGCUUAGAAACCUGUUCAGAAGCAUUUGUCUCUGAAGAAGUGAGGUAAAAGAGAUGGACCAUAAUUUUCUGUAUUAGUCAGCUUUCUAUUACAUAACAAUAUAUCUGAGAAAAUCAACUUGAAAAGAAGAAAGGUUUAUUUUGGCUCACAGUUUUGCAAGUGCAGGCUAUGAUUUGUUUCUUUGGGGCUGUGGCAAAGCAGCACAUCACAUUGUGACAAAAACUGGGAAAGAAAGAGAGGGGCUGGGGUCUCAGUAUCCCCUUCAAGAGCAUGCCCCCAGGGACUGGAAGACCUCCCAUUAGGUCCCCUCCUAGUUUUCCACCACCUCCCACUCAUGCCAUGGGCUCAGAUUUGGCCUUUAGGGCACACUUAUUCAAACCAUAGCCCUUACCAUAUCUUCAUGCUCUCUUUGGAACAUCUUUCAUAUAGUAUGCCAAGGUGAAGUUCUGUAAGAUAUGUAGAGAAAGAUGAGGAUCCCAGGAGAUCAAUAUGAGUAUACUUGCCCACUGUUACCCCUUUUAGGCUGACAUUAGAUUUCUCAGACACUUCCUGAGAAAUGGCACUUGCCAUAAAAUAAGAGUCCAGAGAUUUCAUCCUGAGUCACAAACAUCCCAGGCAGCAGAAAGACCUUGUCAUGCCAGGAUAGUGGUAGGCAAGCAUCUGUAGUGAGUUCACUCAGCUGUGUUUAUGUAUUUACAAGUACAUAGGCAUGCAGGUGUGAGCUGCAGCUGCUGACAGACAAUAGCACCUUUGAAUCACCUGCCAGCUAUCCUGAGCACUACCAGUGACAAGAGCCCAGUCACCUGGGCAUCAGCAUCCAUUUGGAAAACUCCUUCCUACAGUCAGAGCUGCCAUAUCAAGGUGACAAUAAUUCACUCUUACUUUGAAAGGCAGGGAGUAGGAUUAGUGUGUGUUUGGCAAAAUACCAGGACAGCAGAUUAGUGGUACUAAGCACAGAAAUUUCCCCAGCCUUCCACCAUCCAGUUGCACCAUAGGCAUCAUCAAAAGUUGAAAUUCAUGUCCUGGAAUCACCUGAAUUUACUUUAUAUUGCUGCAUAACAAGAGACCAUAAACUGAGUAGUGGAAAAUAGCACCCAUUGGUCAUCCCACACUUUGUGUGCAAGUCAGCAGUCUGGGCAUAGCCCAGCUGGGUUCUCUGGCUCAGGAUCUCUGCACAUUGCAAUCAAAGUGUUGGCAGACUGGGCUUUAAUCUGAAGAUGUGACCAAGGAAGGGCCCACUUCCAGGCUCACUCAGACUGUUGGCAAAAUUAAGUCAUAUGUGGUUGUAGGACAGAGAUCCUCAGCUCCCACAGGCCACCCAGCAUUCCUUCACAAGUAGGCCUCUCCAUAUGCAGGUCACCACACAGCUCUUUGCUUCUUAAAGACCAACCAGAAAGUGAGAUCAUCUUGCAAAUAUAAUAGAGACACAGGAAAUUUUCUCUUCACCUUUGCUAUAUCUGCUAGUUAGAAGCAAGUCACAGGUCCCACCCACACUCAAGGGGAGGGGAUGACACAAAGGCAUGAAUGCCAGAAAGUGAGAAUCAUUGGGGAUCCCCUUUCAGUCUGUCUACCACAACUUCAGUAAGGAAACCCUCCUGCCAUCAGGAUAGGCUUUAUGUCUGUAGAGCACCAUGCAUUGAAUUGUGUGAAAUGCAAUGGGUGUUUCCAAGCAUCAUCCAAGAAGAUCAGGUUGCAGUCAAAUCAUAACAAUGAAUUCAGGGCCCAUCUUCCCAAGCUAGUGUAUCAACAUUAAUAGAAGCAUCUAUUUGCAAAGUUAUCAAUGAACCCCUAAUUUAUAUUGGCCAACUCUACUUUUUACAUAAAAUUUAUCCUGCUCAGUACGUAGUUCCCCUUUUGAUGUCUGGAUUUCUUUCUUUAAUUUUAGGACAUCAUUCAUUAUUAUUUCUUUGAAUAUUCCCAUCACUUUCCUUCUCUAAUCUCUCUUUUUGCUAUUUCUCUACAUUAAUGCCAGAAUGCAAGAAUCUAGUUUCUACAUCUCGGCUCAUUUUUCAUAUUUGUCCCCUCUCAUUCUAUUGUGCUGAGUUCUGGGAGAAUUCUUCACUUUGGUAGUCAAAUAUUAUAACUUGCUCUUCACUGUGUACAUUCUAAUCUUCAACGCACCUGUUGCCUUCUAUAGAUAUGUGCUUUUGAAAUUUGGAGACUACUAUUUGAUUCUUUUAACAAUCUGAACUUAUUUCAUAGAUGUGAUAUUCUUCUACAUCUCUCUGAGGAUAUCAUAUACUUAUGUUCUGUAAUGCUUGCUUUAUUGACUUGGUUUCCUUGGGUGUGAGUUUUUCCAUUUGUUUUUUGCUGUCUUAUUUAUGAUUUUAUCAAAAUUGUAUUGAAUAUGUAUUCAGGAAAAGAGCGAAUUAUGCAAUUUUAAAUCAUCUUCACGGUCCUAAGUGUGAUACCUUAAUUAAGUGAUGACUGUUGCUUAGCCUCGGCUACUCUCUACUCUCGAAGUCCAACUCUCAGGAGGAAGCACUCAUAUUUCUGAAGCAGAACUCUCAGUUGUGUCCUGGGUGCCAGCUUUCAGAGUUUGCUCAGUAUAGGGUCCACUUUUGUGCCUUUUCUCAUUUUCAAGCAUGGUUAUAUUAUAUAGAUUUAAUUCUGAAAAUAAAGGAAGCGCUUCAUUAACCGAUCAUCUUGAAAAUCAGAUCUUCCAUGAUUUAAUUUAUCACCAGGAAAAACAAGUCAUUGAUUAUAAAAUCCAGAUCUUUAAUGCUCUGACCUAAGAACAUCAUACAAAAUGAUGGCUUGAAUCAAGAUGAAGACCUGGCUUCUCAUCUGGAUGUAUAAUUUAAGCACUAUGUAACUUUGGGCACAUAUUCUUUCCUCUCUGAAUUUAUUUCUUCAUUAAAAAUGUUAGAAAUUUUAAAAAAA